GAUUUUGCCACUUGCCCUUUUCAGACAACACCAUCGAAGCCCACGUUUCCAAAUCUUCUGUUCUAUUGUAUUCUCUGACAGACAACAACAUACCCAAAGAAACCAAAAUUAAGGUAAAGAGAAGAGAGGAGAAGCUAGAAAGUCUCUCAUUUUCAUGAGUCUUUACAAAUUUUAACGUCUCUUUCCCUUGCAAAUUUCUUUCACCAAAGCGACUGUUAAUGUUACUUUAUCCCCAUUAAAGUCAAAUCAUUUAAGAAAAACCAUAGCUGGCAUUUCCCUUCUCUAUUAGCUUCAAGUUCAAUUCCUUUUAUUUGGUGGUGGCAUCGAUCACCCUGGGAAAACAAGGGUGAAAUGAAGUUCUGGACAUGAAGAUACAGAGGGGGAGUUUCUUAGAAAGAUGGAAGGGCAAGUGCCUGGAGCAAUGGGGUCAAGCGGUAGCCUGGCUUUGAGAUUUGGGCAGACCUGUUUCUCUUGUGCUUCACUUCUCUUUAUGUGUUUGGAUGUUGACUUUUACAGCUAUACUACUUUCUGCUUCUUGGUAACAGUUAUGGGCUUGGUAAUUCCAUGGAGCUUGGUUUUGGUACUGGCGGAUGCUUAUUCUAUCUUUGUUAAAAGUUUAGAUCUUCAAAGAAGGAAUCUGCUAAUGAUCAUCAUUGGAGAUUUGGUUUUAUCAUUUCUAUCACUAGCAGCAGCCUGUUCAACAGCUAGUGUUGCAGAUCUUCUGCUUGAUGUUGUUUUUCCUGCCGACAAGGUUGCUGCAAGGUCAUCCUCACUGCCUCAAUUAUGAGCUUUCAACCGUUGUCUUGUCCAUUGCUUCUAAGGUAAGAAAAUAGGUAAAGGGGAGGGAAUGUAAUUAUGGUACACUAGAUAUUGAAUUUGUUGACAAAUCGAGACCCACAUGAGGAUGUUGAAAUCCUUUCCAAUCCUAAUCAGACACUGAUUGUCAAGGCAAAUUGAUGGCCACAAAAGAUGUUGGGAAGCUAUGCACAAGUCCUCUACACGAGAAAUGUUGCUGUUGAAAUUUCAGAGUACUGGCGGGGGGACAUGAAUGAACCUUUUCUUGUUAGAACAUGAACUUCAAAACCAAAAUCGUAAUGACCAUUAAGUCUUUGCGAUCCAUGAUAAGGCACAAGGACUACAUUUUUCAUGGAACAAGAAUGCAAUCAUUAGAUUAGAUGCCAUGCUUUUUUCAUCUUUAAA